UUUUAAUUUGACAUCCUACCGGUAUAUACAAUUUGGUGCAGCGUGAUGAUUUUGUACUCGUAGUUUGUGAUGAACAUUACUCUUGUAAUGUUAAUUUAUUGUGUUUAAAUUUCCAAAGGGGUUGAAAACAUGUCGAAACUUUCUGAAAUAAAUCUUACGGAUAGGUGUCGACCAGAGAGUCUGUGGUCCGCUGUUGAUGUAUGGAUCAAGAAACCUCAUGUUGUUAAUAAGAGACUAUGUGGAGUGACAGAGUCAGAGUACAGGGACGUGGACACUGCUGGACUUAAGGAGUUUUUAUCUUCUGUUCUCGGGACAAGUUUUGUGACUAAUGAAAUGUGUCACUUUCUCCAUGUUGAUUUUGUGGAUGAGGGUCAUGAAACUGCAGGACGCUGGAGUGUUUGCCUUAGAACCAUUAUUCCCAAAGUAAACAAAACAGUGGAGUGUCUGUACAAAGACAUUACUAUUAAAGAUAUUGUUGGACAAGCAGUGACAUUUAUCCCUUUUGAAGAAAACGAUGUGAGAAAAGUUUCUAUCAGAAGCAGCAACAUUUAUCAAAUCCAGAUGCAAUUGAAGACUGAAGAUUGGAUAUUGUCUCUUCAUGCUUUGAGUCCUGAGCAGUGGUACAGUGAUGGAGUGGCUUACGCCAAAAUUACCUGGCUCUGUACAGAACUCCUUCCUAAACUAUCACGCUGGGCUCUGGAGAGCAAGACCAGUGAAUUUAAAAGCACCCUGUCCCUCAUACCUGUAGAGAAAUAUAGCGUCCUCUACCAGCAACUGAAAGAAAAGUACAAAGCAUUGGUGAAGGUUUGGCCUGAAGUUACUGAUCCUGAGAAGUUUGUGUAUGAGGAUGUUGCUAUCGCAACGUAUUUGUUGGUCUUGUGGGGUGAGGAGCGCAUUGAAAAGGGAACAACAACAAAACAGUCCUUUGUGGAUCUCGGCUGUGGAAAUGGCCUGCUGGUUCACAUAUUAAACAACGAAGGGCAUCCUGGAAAGGGCAUUGACAUUCGCAGGAGGAAGAUCUGGGACAUGUACGGGCCUGAUACACAUCUGGAGGAAAAUGCCAUCAUGCCCAGCAACGGCUUCCUCUUCCCCAACACAGACUGGCUGAUUGGAAACCACUCAGAUGAGCUUACACCAUGGAUCCCUGUUAUUGCAGCCAGAUCAUCAUACUCGUGCCGCUACUUUGUACUUCCAUGCUGCUUCUUUGACUUCUGCGGGAAGUACCAGCGCAGGCAGUGUAAGAAGUCCCAGUAUAAGGAGUAUAUUGACUUCAUUACUGAUGUCAGCACAGCAUGCGGCUUUAACACAGAGGAGGAUUGCCUGAGGAUACCUUCCACCAAACGGGUAUGUUUAAUUGGCAAAGGCAGGAGGUAUGCAGAGGAUGAAGAGGCUGUGAUGGAGGAACAGAGAAACGAUUAUAUCAGGGGUCGUCAGGCCUUAUUCACAAGCUCAGGGGGCGCCACGAGUGCCAGUCAGGGCGACCAAGAUGGACCUAACCCCCUUGAGAAUGGUCAGGGUAUCUCAACUCCUGAAAGUGACUGGGGGAAUGGCUUUCAACCAAGAGAAAAGAUAGAGACCAUCAGGAACUGCGCAACCCUUCCGAGGGAUUUUGUGGACGGUGUGGUUCUGAAGGUGGCAAAGUCCUUGCUAAGUCUGACUGAGAGGAACACAGAGAUAAGCGAAAGCUGUGACGUGUGGAACACAGGAGGAAGUUUGUUAAUAAGUGAAGUUGCUGAUCUUCUGGAUCAGUCCACUCUGCAGACACUGAAGAAAGAGUGUGGAGGUCUCCAGACCCUGCUGAAAAACAACCACCAGGUGUUUAGAGUGGAGGGUGGGAAGGUGCUAAUUCGGGAUUGGAGAACACAUACAACAGCAAAGGGUCCCAGAGCAAGCUCCAAGCGCAAAACCCCUCCGCCUGGUGCCCUGAAGACCCGACUGUGCUGGUUUCAUACCCACCAUCCACAUGGUUGCCCUUUAGCCCAUGAGGUCUGUGCUUUUGCUCAUGGAGAGACUGAGUUAAGACCCUCCACUAAACCUCCAAAGAUGAUUCGAAAAUGAACAGGAGACUGAACGUGGGAGUUUUUUUUUUUUUUAAGGUGGCUGGACUAUUUGGAGAAAGAAGAAAAGUACCAAAUAUUUUAGUUGGUUAAUUGAUAUUCAUUAAGUGUUCAUUUUAGGUCUUAGGAACAAAGUUAUUCUUUAUAGGAAAGGAAAUUAAGUUAUUAGCAAAACUGUAUCUCUGUUUUAUGAGAAACGUCUAAAGCCAAAUUUUUGUCAAAUAAAUCUCAAAACUAUAUAAUGAGAUGCAUUGAAUUUUGGCAUGAUAUUCACCCACUGGUGCAUAAAAGGUUUUUGUUGAGGCCUUGUGCAGUGUAAAUGUUAGGGCCAUGAAUAAUUUGGAGGGCAUGUGGGGGGUUGGAGCGUGCGGGGCUCAAUGCCCCUCUGCUAAAAUGUCAUCGGACAGGAUGUUUCUCUCAAACCGGUGGGAGUCUGUCGAGGUCAGGAUGUUUGGGAUGUGUGAUGCAAAAUUGAAAAAAAUGAACCCUGGAGAAUUGGCACAUCAGAUAAAUCAGACUGAAUAUAAAAAUGAUAAUAGUAACAGAAUUGACACUGAUUAAUUUGGACAACAGGAAAUCAUGAUUUUAAGCCAUACAACACACUUUUUACAGAAAAUAUUGUUAUAGCCUAUAACAUCUUUUGAUCUAUGACAAUGUGUACCAAAUUAUAAACCAUUUGAAAAAGCAUAAAAAUGACAUGGAUACCAAAUACACCUGCAAUUACAUAAUUACCCAUAUACAGUGAAAAUACAUGUGAGUACCGGUAUACACUCACCUAAAGGAUUAUUAGGAACACCAUACUAAUACUGUGUUUGACCCCCUUUCACCUUCAGAACUGCCUUAAUUCUUCGUGGCAUUGAUUCAACAAGGUGCUGAAAGCAUUCUUUAGAAAUGUUGGCCCAUAUUGAUAGGAUAGCAUCUUGCAGUGGAUGGAGACUUGUGGGGUGCACAUUCAGGGCACGAAGCUCCCGUUCCACCACAUCCCAAAGAUGCUCUAUUGGGUUGAGAUCUGGUGACUGUGGGGGGCAUUUUAGUACAGUGAACUCAUUGUCAUGUUCAAGAAAUCAAUUUGAAAUAAUUCUAGCUUUGUGAAUGGUGCAUUAUCCUGCUGGAAGUAGCCAUCAGAGAAUGGGUACAUGGCGGUUAUAAAGGGAUUGACAUGGUCAGAAACAAUGCUCAGGUAGGCCGUGGCAUUUAAAUGAUGCCCAGUUGGCACAAAGGGGCCUAAAGUGUGCCAAGAAAACAUCCCCCACACCAUUACACCAUCACCACCACCAGCCUUGCACAGUGUUAACAAGGCAUGAUGGAUCCAUGUUCUCACUCUGUUUACGCAAAAUUCUGACUUUACCAUCUGAAUGUCUCAAAAGAAAUCGAGACUCAUCAGACGAGGCAACAUUCUCCAGUCUUCAACUGUCCAAUUUUGGUGAGCUUGUGCAAAUUGUAGCAUCUUUUUCCUAUUUGUAGUGGAGAUGAGUGGUACACUGUGGUUUUUUUUUGCUGUUGUAGCCCAUCCGCCUCAAGGUUGUGCGUGUGUGGCUUCACAAAUGCUUUGCUGCAUACCUUGGUUGUAACGAGUGGUUAUUUCAGUCAAAGUUGCUCUUCUAUCGGCUUGAAUCAGUCGGCCCAUUCUCCUCUGACCUCUAGCAUCAACAAGGCAUUUUCACCCACAGGACUGCCGCAUACUGGAUGUUUUUCCCUUUUCACAACAUUCUUUGGAAACCCUAGAAAUGGUUGUACGUGAAAAUCCCAGUAACUGAGCAGAUUGUGAAAUACUCAGACCGGCCCGUCUGGCACCAACAACCAUGCCACGCUCAAAAUUGCUUAAAUCACCUUUCUUUCCCAUUCUGACAUUCAGUUUGGAGUUCAGGAGAUUGUCUUGACCAGGACCACACCUCUUAAUGCAUUGAAGCAACUGCCAUGUGGUUGGUUGAUUAGAUAAUUGCUGUUAAUGAUAAAUUGAACAGGUGUUCCUAAUAAUCCUUUAGGUGAGUGUAAAAAAAUUAUAAAUAUAUACAUUACUUAAUAUUAAAUUGUGCGUAAUGACAGGUAGCAGCAACGACAGUCUUAACUGCCAAUAUGUGCAUCAUAAUACAGAGUGUUUCUUUAUAGUAAAGACAUGAUACAUAACUAUCCACGUUAAUAUUCCUUUCUUUUCACUGUAUGGUAUACUGUUCAAGCACGCUUCCCAGUACGGCCUAUUUAUGUCAACCCAUGAAGAGAAUGCCCUGUUUUACUUAUAGUACACUCAUGCAGUUGCUUGUCGUUUCUAGAUAUACACGAUCCAUUUAAAUAUGUUUUUAUAUCUUUGAAAAUAAGAUGCUAUGGAUGGAACUCCCCGUACACAGAGAUCAGGAACAUUUAAAUUUGGCCUAAUUAUUUUAAAAGCAUCUUUGUACGGUUGUUAUAUUUGCAAAGCAAGCAGCUUGGCUCUGGUUUGACAAGUCUCCAGCGGCAGCCUGCAAACCUAAUGAAGAUGCAUGGCUUUAUUGAUUGCUAGAAGGUUUAAAACAGACCACCGUGUGUUUCUUUUAUGCUGAGCCAAUUCGUUAGAUGUUGGGUAUAACCAGGGUGCAGAUACGUGCGACCCUUCACAGUGUUUUUUACAGUUUAAUGAGGCAAUUUAUGUAAGGUCAUAUCCAAGUCUGUAGGGAUCUGUCAGUCUCUGUCCUUCUGAUGAGAGAUCAGUUUGUUAAUAGGUCCGGACUUCCAAGGAAAACACAGAUGAUUAAUCGAGUGACCUCAUCAUCUUAGUUGGAUGUUUCUGGAAGAGUAAGGAAGAGAGUUGGUGAUGAUUUGUUUGUGUGUUAUUUGCACCUGAAGUCUGUAUUUACCUUAACAGAGAAGAUUUUCAUGCGUAUUUUCCUUUUUGAAAUUUGACCUGCAUGGCAAUGGUUGAUCUGCAGUUCAUUUUUGCUGUGCUACCUGCAUCAUAAUUUGUUUUUGCCUCCCCUUGUGCAAAAAUAACAUUAGUGGGUGCAUCAUAAAUUUUAUAUGUCGCAUUCUAACUAAGAUGUGAGAGGAUUUAUAUAUAGAUAAUGUGUAUUCUCAAAGGUUUAUAAGGUCGUUCAACUAGGAAAAAGAUCUAAGCUGGCAAAAGACCAAAACGCAGUCAAACUGUAGCUCACAGUUAAACCAAACUCUCUGCUUCAUCUGUUUAUCUUCUUUAUAAAAAAUCGUAGACACACUUGACACCGAAUAAGCACGUCUGAAAUAUGGGCAGUUGAAUCUGGGUCAGCGGUGAGAGGAAUUAACCUACUCCUGUCUCUCUUACACAAUGUACUGUACUGCUGUUCUGCAAACUUUGUCUUGUCUUUUUAAGUGAAUAUGAGUUUCCAAAUAUGAAUCUUUCUUUACUUAGUCAUAGGAAAUAUUGUAUUAUACUGACUUAAGGGUCUGUUAAAAUACUGAAAAAUGAAUUGCAUUAGGUUUUACAGCUGCACGAAGGAGAAUUUGAGGUCAUAACUGGCUGUAAUGUGGGGUGUGUUUGUUCUGUUUAUAAAGGGAAACAGGAAACUAAUGGGAUCAAUUUAAGGUUGUUGGCAUCACUAUUGGCAGUGGAGUCUGGUGGACAAACCCUCUUUGGGUUUGGUUUGGGAUUUUCUUUGUGAAAUUCAUGUUGCAAUCCAUUUGAUGUUUAUAAGUUAUAAGAGUGAAGUCAUAUGGAAAACGGUUGUCAUAUGACAGAUGCUUUUAUCCCGAGUGACUGCAGUGCAUUCAAGCUAUACAUUUUCUCAGUAUGCAUGUUCCCUGGGGUCCGAACCCGUGACCUUUUGCAACCCAAAUGCAGUGCUGUACCAAUUGAGCUACAGAAACCCAACCACCUGGGACCGUCGAAAAAUCAAUUUUAUAGUAUUUUGUAGGCAGAUGAAUGUUUUAAUAAACAAUAUGUUAAUAUGAAGUGACUGCAUCUCCAUGAUUGCUGCCGGGAAGUUUUACUUUAGGAAAAAACAAGUGCAUGAUUUUCAUUUUGUAAUAUUUGUUUUUCCUUUAUUUUUGUACUGUCAAUUAUUUUCUAACAUAAAGGGUUUCUGCCUCUACUUCUCUCAGAGAAAAUGCCUUUAGCUCUUGGUUAUGGUAAGCCCCUGUACUGUGGAAAACAUCAAAGAAUGUUUCUGUAAGGCCAGGACUCUACGGUGAAGAAUGUUUCUGAAAAGCCACAAAUCUUUCAAAGCAGAUUCAUAAUAAAACUUAACUUUUUCUCUCUCUUUAUUUCUUCCUCAUAUUCUGCAUUCUCUGUUUCUUGUUCCUUGUUUGAAGGAGAGUCGUGCUAUCUAAACCAUUUGUGACUGACACAAGUUUUAGGCAGCACUCACUGUUACAGUCUUGAAAAUUACAACACAAAUACUUGCCAUUCCUAUAAUGUAAUAUAUAUAUUUUCUACAUAAAAUUAUCCUAAUUAAGGUAAAUAACAUUCUAUUAAAAUAAACCCUUGAUAUCUUUAAUAUUGUCUGAAUAAGGUCAUGUCAAAGAUUGAAAUCAAUGAGUAAAAACAAAACUUUGAUGCUCCUAAUCUCAGAAUUAUAUCGAGACUUUAGCCUGGAUUUUAAAGGGUCGCAAAGUCCCCAAAAAGUAUUAGGAAUUGUGUGCCUUUGAUUGCACUGCAUAGCAAAACAACAAAAAAGUGGCAACUAACCUUUUUAAAGUGUGUAUUUCAUUGCUAAAAAACGUUAUUUUGUGUAUUUGGUAUGAUACAAUGUGUUUGUGUGGUUUAUGGUUAAUAAAACACGUUAUUUUCCACAUGCCGUAAAUUUUUCUAGCUCCAGAUAUCCUGCCUUCCUCAAACGCAUUAAGUUCUAUCGAUUUGAAAAGCGCUGUGUCCCUGAUU